GUUUCCUAGGGGGACACGUUAUCAGGUGAGGGUCCGUCCGAGGUUUCUUGAAUUUUCUUUUCGUCGUCAGAAGCAAACACAAAACAUUUAUUUCUGAUAUAAUUGGGUUUUUGUAAAGCCGGAGCCAUGGGGCGAAGUAGAAGCAGGACGCCUCCACGACGAGAGAGGCGUCGGUCACGUUCGUCUUCCCGAGACCGUGAGAGACGACGCCGAGAACGAGAACGUUCCAGGUCUCGAGACAGGGACCGACGUCGCAGCCGUUCCCGAUCUCCACACAGGCGACGCUCUAGGUCCCCUCGCCGCCACCGUUCCUCUUCCCUCUCUCCACAGCGAAAAGAUAGACGUGAUGAUGAUAAGAAAGACAAACCUGCGAAAGUGCAUCAAAUAUCAGAGGAAGACAUGCAGGGCAAGACUGAAGAGGAGAUCGAGAUGAUGAAAUUAAUGGGAUUUGGAUCAUUCGACAGCUCCAAGGGCAAGAAGAAGAAUGGAUCAGUCAAUGCCCAUGCAAUCAAUGUCUCGCAGAAGAGAAAAUACAGGCAGUACAUGAAUCGUAAAGGUGGAUUCAACAGACCACUGGAUUUCAUCGCCUGAGCCUCUGCAGACAAUAAUUGGUUGUUUUUUUUUCAAAUGUUUUCCAGGACUUCUGAAAAUGGUGAAAUGAGUUGUAUUUAGCUGUGUUUUAUACUAUUGUCUGUAGAUAUCCUCCUGGACCACUGAACGACUUGAACCGUCUGUAUAGCGUAAAUUCAGAGGCAUGCAAGUGCUGCAGAAGGUUUUGUUUUCUUUCAAGGAAUGACACUGCAGAGUGUCUCCUGUGCUGAUGUCAACAUUAUGUGCAAAGUUCAUAAUACAAAUAAACGUAAAAUCCUUGA